UCUCACUAAAAAACUUCACAGCCAAAAAACAAAAAGUGGGUGAAAAGCAGAGAGAGAGAGAGAGAGGCUCUCCCUGUGCUUGCCCUUCUUCGUUUUACAGCUCCAUUUCACUGUCCUAGAGAGAGAGUGUGAAGGAACCACUAUUUCUCUUCACCUAAUCCGGGUCUGCUUCUUUCUCUCUCUUUACAGCGAGAGAAAAUGGCGAGAAAACCAUAGAAAAAUUGUGGGGCAACAGUGGAGAAGCAGCAGAAGGCGAGAGAGAGGAGAGAGAGAGAAGGGUUGAUUAAGGAAGCUCCUCUCCACGCAUGCCCAUUAAAAUACUGGGGCGGUAGCUCAGGUUUGGUGCCGUUUUAGCGUCGUAAUCGAGUGCUCAAGAGCUGAGCUUGGAAGUGACAAAGAAAGUUGGUGGUUGGUGCUGGUUCUGUUUACUGGGCCGUCAAAUCGGGACCCCAACCCUAGGAUUCGGGCGUUCUGGUUGUUGGGCGUGAUACCCUUUUGGCAGUUUAAUCCAGAUCUUUGACGCGCCCACCGAUCUGCUCCGCAUAGCUGCCGCAUUGGCUCCAUGGGCGGCUCCGCCGAUUCAUGGAGCUGAGAUGAUUUGGGUUCUGGGCAACUGUUGGAGAUUGAUUGGGGAUGAUUGCAAUGCCAUAGGUCAGGUGGUCUCGUGCGCAAAUGUCGGCUUCUUUAGCUGCCUUCGAGCGGCCGAGGCUCGGAGUCUCGAACACGGUGUUCAAGAGUGGCCCUCUUUUCAUAUCUUCAAAAGGAAUAGGAUGGAAGUCCUGGAAAAAGCGGUGGUUUAUCCUCACACGCACUUCAUUGGUGUUCUUUAAAAAUGACCCUAGUGCACUUCCACAGAGAGGUGGAGAGGUGAAUUUGACCUUGGGCGGCAUUGACUUGAACAAUUCAGGGAGUGUGGUUGUUAGAGAGGAUAAAAAGCUUUUGACUGUUCUAUUUCCUGAUGGACGCGAUGGCCGAGCCUUCACCCUUAAGGCGGAGACACUAGAAGAUCUAUAUGAAUGGAAAACUGCCUUGGAACAUGCUCUUGCACAAGCACCGAGCGCUGCCCUCGUAAUGGGUCAUAAUGGAAUUUUCAGGAAUGAUCCCAACGAAGCAAUGGAUGGAUCUUUUAAUCAAUGGAGGGAGAAGCGACCAGUAAAAUCCCUGGUGGUUGGGAGGCCAAUUUUGCUUGCUUUGGAAGAUAUUGACGGAGGUCCAUCUUUUCUUGAAAAAGCUCUUCAAUUCCUGGAGAAGUAUGGAAUCAAAGUAGAAGGAAUUCUGAGGCAGUCUGCAGAUGUUGAGGAGGUAGAUCGCAGAGUACAAGAAUAUGAGCAAGGCAAGACUGAGUUUGAACCUCAGGAGGAUGCUCAUGUUAUUGGGGACUGUGUGAAGCAUGUUCUCCGAGAGCUUCCAUCAUCUCCAGUUCCAGCAUCCUGUUGCACUGCACUCCUAGAGGCUUAUAAAAUUGAUCGAAAGGAAGCUCGUGUCUAUGCGAUGCGCUCUGCUAUACAGGAGACAUUCCCAGAACCAAACAGGCGUUUGUUGCAGAGACUUCUGAAGAUGAUGCAUACCAUCUCUGCUAAUGCCCAUGAGAACCGCAUGACUGCAUCUGCGGUUGCUGCAUGCAUGGCACCUUUGCUUUUGCGUCCUUUAUUAGCCGGUGAAUGUGAAUUAGAUGAUGACUUUGAUGUAAAUGGUGAUAACUCAGCUCAGCUUCUUGCUGCUGCAAAUGCGGCUAAUAAUGCACAAGCCAUUGUUACAACCCUUUUGGAGGAAUACCAAAAUAUUUUUGAUGAUGAAAAUCUUCAGAGAUGCUCUAUAUCGGCCGACUCUCAGAUUGAGAACAGCGGGAGUGAAGAUUCAUCUGAGGAUGAUUUGGAUGGUAAAGACAAUGGAUACCACGAUGCAGAGAAUGAAGUUGAUCCAGGAACUGAUGAAGACCCAGAACGGAUAAUAAAUGGAAAACUAAGUGAAACAAGUGGGUACAAUGGAGGUGAUUUAUAUGAUUAUAAGGCAUUUGGUUCUGAUGAUUCAGAUGUUGAACCCACUAGAAAUAAUCAAGCCUCAGCUGGGAAUCCGAACUUACUUGUUGAUCCUCAGCCAAGUAGAGAUUCAGCAAUAGAGCAGCAGAGAGAACAGACUAAAGAUAUUGACAAUUCGUCCCAUGAAGCUGAUGUCCCAAUUGUCUUACCUGUUACUGAACAUUUGCAAUCUGUGGGAGAAAUUUUAUCGUCCAUCAGGCCAGGGCAUACUCUUCCUGUCUCAGGACUAGAAGGUGGGGUGACGAGGCCCAGUGGUAAAACUUCAGGUUCCAGUAUCAGCUCCAAGCGGUCAGCGUUUUGGGGUAGAAAUACUACAAGAAAGACUCCAUCAGUAGAAUCAGUGGAUUCUUCUGGAGAAGAAGAGCUUGCCAUUCAGAGGCUUGAGAUCACAAAGAAUGACUUACGACAGAGGAUUGCUAAGGAGGCUAGAGGAAAUGCAAUAUUGCAAGCUAGCUUAGAGAGGAGAAAGCAAGCACUGCAUGAGCGGCGCCUGGCCCUUGAACAAGAUGUCUCAAGAUUGCAAGAGCAGCUGCAGGCGGAAAGAGAUCUCAGAGCUGCACUAGAAGCUGGUCUGAGCAUGUCAUCUGGGCAGCUCUCUAGUUCACGAGGCAUGGAUUCUAAGACAAGGGCGGAGCUCGAGGAGAUUGCUCUUGCUGAAGCAGAUGUGGCAAGGUUAAAGCAGAAAGUUGCAGAACUUCACCAUCAACUAAAUCAGCAAAGGCAGCAUCAUUAUGGGUCCCUCUCUGAUGCAUCAGAACGCUAUCAACAGGCACAAAAUCAUACUCCUCCACAGAGACUUCUUCAGCAAGAUUUUGAUUCCACCAUUUCUUUCUAUAGUCAGGAAAGGAGACAAAGAAGUGAGGAAACUUUGCUGGGGGAUUGGAGGAGACAAGUAUUAGCAUGUGGGAGCAGCAGUAGGUUGCCUUCUGGGAAGCAAUUUUUGGAAUCAACACCCCCGAGCGACUCUAGAAGUACUGAGGCCUCCACAAGUUUAUCCUUGGAUGAUCUAGGAGCUGUGGACUCGGGUUCUCUGCCCUCGACUUCAAGACCAACCGAGGCUAUGGAGUACCCGAGACACCCAUCUGCAGCAUCGUCCACCUUAGUGGAACUGACGACCCGUCUCGACUUCUUCAAGGAGCGGAGAUCGCAGCUCAUGGAGCAACUCCACAACCUCGACUUAAAUUAUGGGACUGCCUCUUCACAGGACUUACCCUACAGACCGUCGUCUCCACCGUGGAGCUAAUAACACGCCCACCAUCCAUAUAAGGCCCACGGAAAGAAGACCUACGCUUGGCGGAUGUGUUGUAUAUUCUUCAAAGCUAUUUUGCACAUAGUUUCAGCUCUCACCUGCCUUUCUUAUUCCAAGCUCAAAACUAAUAAUUUUAUUAUGUUUUAGUUUUUCUUCCUUAUUUUGCCCCUGUAGCGUUUGUGGUUUUGGGAAAUUACUGGGGGCAUUUUCGUCUUUCUACUCCAAUAGCUUGAUUCUUGACCUUGACCCCCCAGACUGUUCAUGGCUAUCUGGACUAUGGAGAUUUUAGGGUCGAUAACGUGACUGUUGGCUAAUCAGACCUCUCUGUAGAGAACCCGACCCCAAAAGGGGGGGAAAAAAAAAAGGCUGUGGCUUGUGCUUUUUAAUUUUUAUGUAGAUUUUGCUUUUUAUUUUUAUUUUGUUUUUUUGUGUACCCUAUACUAUUACUCAGUGUUCUGGAUAUAUAAAUUGUUGUACGACUUUGUUCGGAGAGCAGUCGUCUUGAAUCGA